CACCUGUCGGCUCUGCCUAGGGAUCCCAGGCAGAGCCUGCAGCGGGAGCCGCAGUCGCAGCCCCGGAGCAGCGCCGGGAGUGCGGCCGGAGCGUCGUGGGCUCCCGAACGCCAUGGCCGAGUUCCCGUCGAAAGUGAGCACGAGGACUAGCAGCCCCGCGCAGGGCGUGGGAGCGUCGGUGUCAGCGCUGCGCCCCGACUUGGGCUUCGUGCGCUCCGCCCUCGGGGUGCUCGCGCUACUGCAGCUGGUGCUGGGGCUGCUGGUGUGGGCCUUGAUUGCUGACACGCCAUACCACCUGUAUCCUGCCUAUGGCUGGGUCAUGUUCGUCGCGGUCUUCCUCUGGCUGGUGACAAUCGUCUUCUUCAUCAUCUACCUGUUCCAGCUGCACAUGAAAUUGUACAUGGUGCCCUGGCCACUGGUGUUAAUGAUCUUUUUCGUCGCUGCCACGGUUCUCUAUAUUACUGCCUUUAUCUCGUGUGCUGCCGCGGUCGACCUGACGUCCCUGAAGGGCUCCCGACCAUAUAACCAGCGCUCAGCUGCCUCGUUUUUCGCCUGCCUGGUGAUGAUUGCCUAUGGAGUGAGUGCUUUCUUCAGCUUCCAGGCCUGGCGAGGAGUGGGCAGCAAUGCGGCCACCAGUCAGAUGGCCGGGGGCUACUCUUAGGCCAGCCACGCUGUGGCCUCAGCUGCGGCCGGGUCUUAGCGCAGGGUCACCCUCAUCCUACCGGACUCAAGCUCUCUGGCACUCCUGAGGAAGAGGCCCAUGCGGGCACAGAAGAGCUGCCAAGAACCAGCAGUGGGGACACCCUCCUCCCACCCCCUUAUUCAGCAGGUGAUGGGGGAGGUGGGCUCUCAUGGACUUCAGUAUCCCAGGCUCGGCCACCCUUCUCAGCAGGCACUAAAUGCACUAACAGAUCCAGCCUCCGACCUGCCACAGUAUAAGCCUAACAGACAGCAGAUUAUCUUUGUUCCAGAAGCUAGGCAAGCCCCCAGGCUGCUCUGGUCCCACUCUCUCCUCCCCUGCCCCAAGCCAAAGUGUCACCUGCAGAGACCGUUAGAGGAAGAGUUGGGAGUCUUGGACUGGACUAUUUCAGUUGGCUUCAGGCAGUUUCCAAUGAUGGCGAGCCUUGCCAAGUCUCUCCCCUCACAUGUAACUCCCCCUUUGGGAAAGCUAGCAUUAGCUCAGGGUGCUUCCCCCAGGCUGCUGAUUAGGCACAAGGGACUUCAAAGAGGGGGGAGAAGGGAGCAGGGCCUUGCCUGGUGAGUUGUCAUGGGGUUGGUGGUGACUCUUGUUUGGAAUUAUUUUUUACAAUUGAAAUAAAAAUAGAAGUGUCUAUUUGGAAA